AUGGAUUCCACUACUUUGCUCAGCGAACUGAGCAGGCUCAUGGACCUGAAGCUUCAGGGAUUGCUGAGGGUCUUCCCUUUUUUGGGGAGACAGAUGACUGAGGCUUCCUUCAAGACCAAAGGGAAAUGGUGGAGCUGCAUGAUAGCGUUUGUGAUAUUGCAUAGUGCAUUUAUGUGUAUUGGUGGCAAGGCCUUUAAGACACCCACCCCAGAGAAUCUUCUUUUGGCUAGUAAAGCAAAAGGAGCGGCGGUCAAGUUAGCCGAUUUCGGUCUAGCCAUAGAGGUCCAGGGUGACCAACAAGCUUGGUUCGGUUUUGCUGGUACUCCAGGAUAUUUAUCCCCAGAAGUUCUGAAAAAGGAGCCUUACGGCAAACCUGUGGACAUUUGGGCUUGCGGCGUCAUCUUGUAUAUUCUCCUUGUGGGUUAUCCGCCAUUCUGGGACGAAGAUCAACAUAGGUUAUAUGCACAGAUCAAAGCUGGGGCUUAUGAUGGGGCAGAAAUUUGUCAAUAUUUGCGGGGCUCCGUAGUAUUGUUUGAAUUAAACAGACAGCUUGGAGACUUGGGGGACGCCGGCCAUGAUGGGUUUGCUGGGGGAUAA